AUAUCUUUAUUUGUUUUGAAUCACUUCGAAAGAGAGGUCGCAAGUUUUCCAUUCCGUGAUCGCAUUCUCACAAACACUCUUCCCGCGGGUUGUCACGGUUCGAUUGGUAGCUAGACAAUUGUUUGGAGCAAAACUAUCAACAGUGUUCAGAGGGAUACCUGUGUAUAUUAUAAACUCGGAAAGGUUCCCUAAUCGGUCUACCGGUCUUUAUCUGGUGCCUAUUACCUAGUGAGUAAUCCAGUUUAUCGCAUUUAGCGACCGCAUGCCAUUGUCGCAAACUUGUCCAACCGAGUGUAAGCAUCAGUUGUUCCAGCGGGAAUAAUUUAAAUUAAUUAUCAUCAAUUACGACGAACAGUGAGUGUCUGUUUAGUGGGAGACGGGUAGCAUAAAAGGCGAAAAGUAGUGAAUGAAUCGCAUACUGUGAAUGAAUGAAACUCUCGUGCCGGCGGUGCAAUUUUUUUAUGAAUGAACCACGAAAAAGUGUGCUAUGCUGUGAGCAGGGAAGCAGACGAUGAAUCAAGUGUAGAGGUUGGAAGUGAUCUACUUUAUGCGAGGCGAAUAAUUCGCAGUAGAGAAGAGGAGAAAAAACGUGAAUGAUGAUGUGAACGAAGUUCAGUUCAAUAUGAAUUCAAUUUCCUGGAAUAGUUGUGACUAUGCAGUUAAGGAGAGAUAAGAAUUUAAUGGACAUCUAUUAUAUAUUGAGUUCAUCGAGUAUGAACAGUAUGAAGUUGGCGGUAGCAUGCAAGACUUCUCCAAAGAAGAGUUCGGUCUUCUUGGAGGAAGUGUCAUAAGCAGUGAUAAGGAUCCACACUCAGCGGCGCAUCUGAUCAAUUCGGGCAGCCAUUUCAAUCAACACGUUCACCACAGCCACCAUCCGGCCUUCCAUCACCAUCAUCACAGUGUCAUAAACGAAAGCGAUCCCAGCUCGAUUGAUGGUUCAGCUGCGGUCGUUGUAGAUGAGAUCAAACUCAGCCAAUCCAGUGAUCUGGUAGAGGCGAGCGAUAGUAGCAAACUGGAGGAAGCCGACCGGGAUUUUUACCCCUGGAGUACGAACAAUCUCGGAAGCCAAUUUUUACGUAGUUCAGACGAUCCCCUCAUCUCCGGCGGAACUAACGACAAUCAGAACGAUAAUGAGCUUAGCGUUGCGACUGCCUCCCGAUCAAUGUGUUCAUCACCCACGCCUCCACCAACGCAGAAGCUCCGCAACAGUAUCGUCGUGCCGUCGUCGAUUCUUUCGCCUGAACUACCGGACACACAAAUUUCGCCAUUUCAAACGCCUACCAAAUCUUCCACCAGUCAAGCGAAUCGACGAGGAGCCGGAGCUGGUGGAGGAACUCGUCAACGGCGUAAGGGACCGAUUAAGUUACGGUUCCACCAUCAGGCCUUGCCGCCAGAAUAUCUGGAUCAUUAUGAGGCAACGCAGAAUAUUGCAGCAAAAAGAGAACAGCAACAGCAACAGCAGCAGCAGCAGCAACAACAAAAUAGCACUGGAACACGUUCCAGCAGAAUGGAGAGGCAGUCGGCUCAAGGACGUGAGGAUCCUACAAACGAAACGGUGAGGAAUUGGUUGCAAAAAAUUUUGGAACUACAAAAGGAAGGCGUGUCUUUAUCGCCGGUUAAAGAUGACAUCGAACCAGAAAGCGAUCGACUUACCCAGGCGGCUUCCAAAAGUCAGUCAAGCCAGCGAAAGGUGGUCAGCUAUACAGAUCUUCCAUACAUGGGAGAAAUGACACUCGAGAACUCCAAACCUAGAAGAGGGAGGAAACCCAAAAAAGCGGACAUAUGUCACCUAAUCUACAAAAACUAUGGCACAAUCCUACCUGGAACUCCCAAGCAGGAGUUCACUCAGGACAGGGCAAAUAACGGCCACAGAGCACAGACAAGAAGUAGUGGCUUGUUGGAGAGAAGACUCAUGUCUACCGAAAAAGACGUUAUUGAGAACGGCAAAGGGAAACGGGAGGAGCCCUUGAAUCUCUGCAUAAGAGAUAAGGGAAGUGAGCCAUUCGCGUUAACAAGUUCGGAGGAUGAAAGUGAUGACGUACUCGAUUCUUCCUGCCCAACGCCAAUCAUAACUCCAUCCGACAAUAACGUAGACCAAGCCUUAGCUACAAACAUGAAAAUAUCACUGCCAACUCUACACAGUGUAGCGGCGACAUCUUCUAGUGGAGAAACUCCGUCAACUGCGGAUACUCCUCCGGGGUAUAUAUACUGGCCAAAUACGAGCAGUUUCAUUCAUCCCAUGGCAUUGUACUACCAGAAAUUGGUAGAAAGUAACAAUUUAGCAGUACCUGCUCAGUCAAGUUCAUCAACACCAAACUCACACACAAGCACGCCACCCGAAAUACCACCCCACAAACCGACAGCAGCCUCGCCGGCAAACUCCACUCCACCUCCAUCAUCACCGGGCAAAUCGAAACAGGAACAUCAUCAAACACUAGUGCCGAAACACAUUUCUCAGCUAAUUAAAACGGACAAAACCUUCAAAGCCAGCUCGGAAACGCUAACAUCCACAAGCAAAAACUCACCUCCAGCUCAAAAACGCAAGCGCUCUGCCAUUUUCAUACCACCCGUUCCGGCGGAGAACAGUACAAAUCCCGCCACGGAAGUAAGUAUCUGCAAGUUCAAAUUCACCGGUGGAGCUAAGCCAUGUCUGCAGGAAAAAAAAAUGUUGAGCGUUGACUCCGGCGGUAACUUUCGGUACUAUUCGGGGACCGGCGAUAAGUCAAUGCGAGGUUACGAAUUCUUCCCACGGGAAAGUCUACAACAGAGUAGUCUGCAUUCGACAACAACAACGGGCGCCUUCUUGAACACCCCACCGGUGGAGAAAAUCCAUUGCGAUCUCCCACCCCCAUCCCUGGGACUUAGUAACGACAUUCUGCAGAUCGCAGAUUUCCCCGGCGCGGGAAGUCUCACCGGGUUGGUCUCACCAGGAAGUACACACGGUGCUCAUCGCUCGUUCCGGUCCGAGCCGAACGAAGCGCGCCGUGCACGACGCCGAUCUCGCCGCACAACGCAACGAGAAACACUCGAGAAAACCUUCAAGGAAAAGGGCUUCCUCAUCCAAACCCAGCAGCUCCAGUCGGCAGAAGGUGCGACCUAUUGUAAGUUUAGACAAUUACGUAAAUUUACCCGCUAUCUCUUCCGAAGCUGGAAAGACUAUCUUCCCGGAGAGCUACAACCGGGAGCCGAGCCAUCACUUGGAGAACAUCCCCAUGAUGGGUUGUCAGUGAACGCACCCGAUGAGCUACUACUGGACGAGGAAAGUCCUCUGCUGAGUUACCCACUGAACUCCGUUGCGUUCAAUGGACGACGAGAGAGUACCCACUCGCCGUCGUCCAUGGUGUCGUUAUCACCGGACCACCCAUUGCCAACGGGAUCGUCCCGACAGACGCCAGACCAGAUACCAUCAGCGAUGCCUUCGUUGCUUCUGCAUUCCGACCAGUUUGCCGAGGAAAAACAAAGCUGACACCAGCGCGACCUCUAAACGUUCUCGCCAAAGAUUAGUGAUAAGAUUUUCAAUAGCUAAUUUAAAAAAAUCAACUGUUCUUUAUGUUCGAAAAUAUGACAGAAUGUUUAUAAUAGGAAGCAAGAAAAUAACAUUCAUUCAAUGACGCAAACUCUAGUCGUUUUUUGUUAUGUUUCGUUGAAUUUCGUUUUAUGUGUAUUACAUUCUGUUUAUUUGUUUUGUAAAAUAAUAACCGAAUUCCUGCGUUGCCAUAAACAAUUUCUCAUUUGUAUA